UGCAAAGUCCACCUUGAAAUAAAGCAGCUCGGAGAGGAAAUUUAUUCAGCUUUAUUACUGAAAGUGUUUGUGGACACGACAGAGUUGUUCUAAAACUGGGGAUCAAGACUUUACAUGGAGUCACCUGAGAUUUUUAGGAAUUGCUAACAAAAAGGUCUAAGUAAAAAAAUAUAACUUAUGACAUUUGAUAAUAAUUAUUUACAUUUUUGAUGACAUAAUUUGGAACUUUUAUCUUGUUCAUGAUAAAUUCAGCUAUGUAAAGUGCAUCAGGAUAACGAUACGUGUCCACUUGUGGCUGAUGCUGCUGGUCGUGUUUGUGAGGUUUGGCUGGGUUUUGUCAUGACGAAUGAAAAGUUCCUUUUGUAAAACCCUUGCUAUAAUUAAAUGUGUUGAAGAACCCCUGUGUACUCUUUUUCUUUUUCAUGUGAGUUUGUCAUGUGAGUAUGAAUAUGAUAUGUUAAUAACAGUAAUGAAAUACAUUUGUAAAAAAUAUUAAUACCAAAAAAAAGAAAAUAAUUUAGCUAGCAUUCUGCUGAAUUUGCCCUUCUUUACAAUAAUGCACUAAAAUAAAAAAGCCCACAUGGUGCUGAGUGUGGUAUUGGUAGUUUAGCAGAAAGUUUGAGCCCUUAACAUGUGGUCACUGGCCAAAUAUUUUAAGGACCUCUAAAAUAUUGUCUGAAAUAAUUAUUCUUCUUGUCUCUCUCUUCAGUUAUGGCUUUCUCCAGUAGUUUCUUGUCUGAAAAUCAGCUCCAGUGCUCCAUCUGUCUGGAUGUGUUCACUGACCCAGUCUCUACUCCAUGUGGACACAACUUCUGCAUGAUCUGUCUCAAAAAAUACUGGGACACUAGUUUAAUCUGCCAGUCUCCAGUUUGUCAAAAGGAAUUCCCUAAAAGACCUGAACUUAAUGUAAAUACUUUCAUCUCUGGUCUGGCUGCUGAGUUUAAGAAAUCAGUUCAGGUGAAAUCCAUUAGCGCUGCAGAACAACUUCCCUCCAAACCUACAAAUGUGCUGUGUGAUUACUGCACUGAGGAGAAGCUGGAGGCUGUAAAGUCCUGUCUGGAUUGUGGAGUUUCUUACUGUAACACUCAUCUGAUGCUUCAUAAAACUACAGCUAAACUGAAGAAGCACAAACUGAUCGAUCCUGUGCAGAACCUGGAGGAUUACAACUGCCAGAAACAUGAGAAACCUCUGGAGAUGUUCUGUAGAGAUGACCAGAUGUGUGUAUGUCAGUUCUGCAUGGAGCGGGACCACAAGAACCACAGAACUGUUCCUAUAGAGGAGGAGAGUGGAGUGAAGAAGAACCAGCUUGGUGAGACUCAAGCAGAAGUUCAGCAGAUGAUUCAGGAACGACUGAAGAAGAUCGAUGAAAUCAAAACCUCUGUAGAACUCAAUAAAAAAAACACAGAGAAGGACAAAGCCGACAGUAUGAAGGUGUUCAGAUCUCUGAUGAGCUGCAUUGAGAGAAACCAGGCUGAGCUUAUUAAAGUGAUGGAAGAGAAGCAGAGAGCAGCAGAGCGUCAGGCUGAAGAGUUCAUUAAAGAUCUGGAGCAGGAAAUCACUGAACUAAAGAGGAGAAACACUGAGCUGGAACAGAUCUCCAACAUUGAGGAUCAUCUCCACUUUCUAAAGAUUUACCCGUCCAUGUGCAGUCCUCCACCCACCAAGAACUUGACUGAUACCAAGAUUAACCCUCAUCUGAAUGUGGAGACUCUGAGGAGAACUUUGUCUCAGCUUCAGGAAUCUCUCAACAUGGAAAUGGAGAAGAUUGUUGAGAUCGAACUGAAGAGAAUUCAACAACAUGCAGUGGACGUGACUCUGGAUCCUGAUACAGCUCAUCAUUACCUCAUCCUGUCUGAUGAUGGAAAACAAGUGAAGCAUGGAAAGAAACGACAGAAUCUCCCUGAUAAUCCAGAGAGGUUUGAUUAUUGUGUCUGUGUGCUGGGAAAGCAGGGAUUCUCUUCAGGAAGAUUUUACUAUGAGGUGCAGGUCAGCGGAAAGACAGACUGGGAUUUAGGAGUGGCCAAAGAGUCCAUUAACAGGAAGGGGAAGAUUAAACUCACUCCUGAGAAUGGAUACUGGUGUAUGUGGUUAAGGAAUAAAACUGAAUAUGAGGUUGGUGAACAGGCUUCCCCUGUUGUCCUCACACUGAAACAGGCUCCUCAGAAGGUGGGGGUGUUUGUGGAUUAUGAGGAGGGUUUGGUCUCCUUCUAUGAUGUAGAUGCCAGCUCUCAUAUCCACUUUUACAUUGGUCAGUCUUUUACUGAGAAACUCUAUCCGUACUUCAGUCCCUUUCUUAAUAAUGAAGGUAAAAAUUCAGCACCACUGAUCAUCAAACCUGUUAAACAAUCUGAUUGAGAUUUAUUUUCUACAAAAUUUUAUAAAUUAAUAAAAAAUUUAUAAUUUAACACUCUCUGAUAAUAAAGAACUGGAAUUAAGAUUAAAGAUACAGUGUAUAUGGUGUAAAAAUAUAUUUUAAAAUAUCCGUAAUUUAGUGUUUCUUAACUGUAAUAAUUGAAUGUUGUCACGUGGGAAGAAAGGACGCAAAUGCAGAAGUAAAAUAAUAACAAAAUAUUUUAUUUAUUUAUUAAGGAUAACAGAAAGAUAAACAGCUAACAAAAAACAGAACACAAAAACCCGAUCGGAAACUCCGACGGAGCUGCUGACGCAACUAAAUGAAAAAUAGUCAAAAGAAAACCGAAUGAAGAGAGCGGGACGCGAACCCCGAUCAGCCGCGUGACAGCCGGGAGCGUUACCACCGCGCUGAAGCGGUGCUGGGAAACGGGAGCGCGAGAACCCCUAAAACGUUUAGGAGCGAGGGGAGAGGAGGGGAACUCCGAGGAGCGCUAGACCCACCACCGCGAUUAGCUAUAGCAGUGAACGGUCGGCGCGCUCUGGGUCGCGGAGCUGACACACACCGAUCUGAAACAAGAAAGAAACAAAUAGGCAAAGAUAGACUGCGGAUUCGAACCGGGGAUAUCUGGCACUACAACCGCUUGCUCAACGGAGUCGCCACCCAGCGGUUGGAGAAUCCAAUGUUCAAAUUAACUAAAGGCACUGGUGCCAAAAUUACCAUCAGCGCUAAAACUGCGCUGAGUGAAAACCGCUAAUGCUAAUGCUAGCGCAAAAUGAACUGCAGUACGAGGACUGCGCGGCGUCGCACCACACUAUAUCUAAGAGACCAAAAGAACAUACCAAUUACCUCAAACCUUGCGGUUUUACUUACCCGAAUGGCAUACGCCACCAGGGCUACCAGCUAAGGCUACGAACGUGUGGACGAGCUGCCACCACGGACCGAAAACAAACAAAGGUGCGACACCCGCUGCUGUGUGGAGCUGGCUUAAAUAGUCAGCCCCACAGCUGCGGGUGAUCAGCACUAAUUGGGAGGCCUGGUAUAAGAGGCCUUUGUUUUCUGAGCUCUGUAAUGUCUGCUUCGCUGGGAACCCGGGGCACGUUCACCAGCUACCACAGACCUCGUUAUAAAUGUAAUAAUUUUUAUAUUUUAUAUGUCAAAUUUCUUGUCGGUUGUUUGGUGUGUGAAUAAAAUCUAUGAAUUAUUAAUAAUAAAGCACGGUAAGUCUUACAA